AGUUAGAAGGACGUAUUCUCGCGCAAUGCAUACGCGCGCACCGCGUAAAGGAAAUACAAAAAUUAUGAAUUAAAAACUGUGAAAAAUCGUCUAAUUUCAAGUGAAUUAAAAUUAAAUUAAAAGUUUUUAUUAAGUGUCAGUGUGUACAUGGAUUUUCAGUGAUUGUGAUUUGUGUAACGAAGAACGUACUUUUUUUGUUGAGACAUAAAUAAUAAUGCCGUGGUGUGGGAUGAGUGCAGGUUGAGGUAAGGGCUGGAGGGAGCGCGAGAUGAGCGCUCCGGAGCCAUUAGUGCUUCAAGCGCUGCAGGGUUAUACCGAACAGAGUGAUAAGUGGCCUGGACCUCGCGCUGUGAAAAUUUAUGUAGCAUCCGUGUACAAUGAUUUCCGUGAGGAACGACGUCAAAUUCUUGAGCUCGUUGGUCCUGAAUUGCAAUCCACAUACGAUGAUCGAUAUAUCGAGUUCGAGUUUGUGGACAUGCACUACGGGACCGACGGCGGAGAUGAAACUAAUCCCGCGUUGCUUCGAUACCAUCUCGACGAGAUAAGAUGCUGUAAUAACACCUCGAAAGCUGGAUAUUUUCUUUGUUUCAUCGGUGGUGACGCUUCCACUUACCAGCCGAUACUUCCGUUCAAGAUCGAUGUUGAUUUAUUCGAACAGUUGGUCAAGUCAGAUUCCGCACAAACCGCCCUACUACGAGCUUGUUACAAAAUUAAUGACGACGGAACUUACCACCUUGAAGGCGAUGAGAAAUGGUACAGUGAUUUACAUGAACGAGAAGAACAGCGGAAGAAGCUGUCGACAGUUCAGAAGGUGUUUAAUACGCUAGCGCUAGAAGCGCUGGAAGCUGGCACUAAUAUCACCGAAUUAUUAAAAAGCCCCGUGGAGAUACAAUGCGAACUGGCACUCGAAUUAUUAUUGAAUGGAAAACACCCCAAAGGUCUGAUAGCUGUGUUGAGAGACAUUCCAGAUUUGGAGCCCGACGACUCCAAACUAACAGCAUUAGCACAUGAAAGAUUAAAAAAACUACAAAAAAAGUUAGAAGAUCUUUUACCUGAAACACACGUUAUUAGACUUGAAGCAACAUCAGCAGAUUCUUCUCGAACGGAUGUAGCUUCGGAUAAUGAAGAGAAGUUGUCGCCCUUUAGGGAGGGAGUGCAGGCUGUGGUGGGUUCGCUGGUCGACGAUAGCCUCAGCACUGAACCUGAUCAGGGCAAAGGCAGAAAAAAGACUGUACAGGAAGUUUUUCUGGAACAUAUUACUCACCUUAGGAUAUGCAUAGAACAUAAUGAACUAUAUAAGGUUACUGUUAAACAAAUUGAAAACGCAGCUAGAACUAUAUUAAAUAAUGCCAAAGAAAACUACGAAAGUCGGUCACGGCAUCCCCCAGUGCUGAUAUAUGGUCCCGAUGCUUCCGGUAAAAGUUCGCUGUUGACUCAUCUAUAUUUCAAAUUUGAGGAAAUUUUUCCGAAACCUGUCUUGAGGAUAAUACGUUUUUCGGCAUCAACGCCACGAUCAGCUUACAAUCUAGAACUGCUAAGAGUUAUGUGCCAACAAAUAUCCAUUAUCUUGAACAUUCCGGAAGGCUAUCUCCCAAAAGACGCAAGUUUCGAUCCACUAUAUAUAAAUAACUGGUUUCAAAGUUUAUUACGACGUUGCGAAGAUAUGGAAAACGAAAUUCUGCUGAUUUUUAUCGACAACGUUCAUAGAGUGAAUCCAUUGGAAUGCGAUAUCGUGACAGGCUUAUCCUGGCUACCCAUGUCAUUACCGAGAAAUGUUUUCUUAGUUUGUACUAGUGCAGUGUCUUUGGAACUACUACAAUUAACCCCGGCUCAAAAGGAAAAGUUCAAAGUUCAAAAUUGUUAUUACUUGUUGGACGCGCUAGACGAUACUCCUGAUAACAACAGCUCCGGUGACUAUAUUGAUGGUGCUUUUGACAAUUUAGAAGUCGUCUUCGGUUCAAAAGCCUUCAGUAAAUUGGCUGGUUACAUAACUUGUUCCGAGUUCGGUCUUACAGAACUCGAACUGUUGGAACUUUUGAUGCCAACUAGCAAUAGCGAAGCUGUUAUUACACUCAAGGACGCCAACUAUAACUUUUCUACUUUAUGUGUCGCUAAAUAUAUGAUGAAGUCAGUAAUAGCGGAGACCGUGGUGUCGGGUAGGAGUACGGUGCGAUGGCGCGCGGCCGCGGCGAGUGCGCGUGCACGGCGCCGCUACGUGCGCGUGCAAAGCGCGCUGCGUGACGCGCACUCCGACCUCGCUGCGCUACACUUCGCCAACUUCCUCAACGACGCUGACGACACUGACACUUCGGAAACACAGGAACCCGGCAAGUUCAACUCUCAUUCCCAGCGACAUCUAUUUCCAGUCGGUUGCGUUGACGAUGACGCACUUCUGGACUCCACGCCCUUCCACUCCGCUAGCAGAACUGCAGCGGCAUUUACACAGAGACACGUGGAAGAGUCUUGGCUGCAUCUCCUACUCGCCGGUGACUUCUCAAAACUAAAAGACCUAACUGUCUGCAAUUUUGACUUCUUACUCGCCGCUGUGCAAACAGUAACGAUAUCCUACCUACGUUGUAUUCUUGAACACGUCCGUUGUUAUAUCCUGGAUAGAGACGUGGAGCUAGUUUACGGCGCAGUGAGAAAAUCCAGCGACAUUCUCACUAGGGAUCCUAUGCAAUUAGGUGCUCAGAUAAUAGCGUGGCUGCGGCCUGCGGUGGCGCGGCGCGGUGUGCUCGCCACCCUCGUUACAGCCGCCAUGGCGUGGUGCGACGGUUACGACAAGCCGCUGCUGGUACCACUCAAUGGAUGGCUACAUCCACCAAUAGCAUCAACGGUCCGAGUAGUAUCAGUGGGUGGUUCAACUCCAGGAGCUGGAGUGCGGUUACUCCAACUCGCACCAUCAGGACAGCACUUGGUGCUGGCACCCUCUGCUGGUGAUCCGCAGCUAUGGCACGUGAUGUCUAAUUCGAAAGUGCAUACUUUCAAAGGUCACUCCGGGCGGAUAUUAUGUAUGUGCGUCACGCGCGAAUCUCAGUAUCUACUAACCGGCUCUGAAGACACGAGCGUCGUUGUGUGGGAUCUCCAUACUUUGGCUGUCAAGACGAAAAUCUUAGAGCAUAUAGCACCCGUGCUGUGUGUGGCGGCUAUUGUCAAUCGUUCACUGGUUAUCAGCGGCGGUGAAGAUUCAGCUGUAAUCGUGACGUCAUUAGUUGAUGGGGCUUUGGUAACAAAACUUGAUCACCAUCGUGGACCAGUCACGGCUGUUAAAGUAAUCCAAGAUGGCGACAUCUUGGUCACGUGUUCGCAAGAUGGCACCGUAUGCACGUGGAAUGUGGAUAAUUUUACACUACUCAGCACUGUCUCAGCUGGCGUUCCGAUUCACGCAAUGGAAGUUACGGAAGACAAUGUAUUCCUGGUUACACUUCAAGGCGAAAAUGAACUGCAUAUACGAACGUUUAUAACAGGAACGCAUUUACAUGUACUGAAGAGACAUAAGGCUAAGGUGAAAUGUUUCUGCGUGGGACACGAUUCGUCAAGAGCUGCCGUUGGUUGUGCUGAUCAACGAAUAUACGUGUACAGCUUGCAUAGCGCACAGCUCCUUCGAACAUUAGCGGCUGCUCAUGAUUUAUCUGCUCUCGCCAUUGCUGAUAAAGAUCAUUUCCUAUUAGCUGCUGGUGGCAACAGAGUCACGAUAUAUUCAUUCCACACAGAAGAUAACCUGACUAACUUUAGACCUACCAAGCAAUUGAAACGACGGCAGACGAAAUCAACGACGAAUAUUACCAUGUUACAAGCGGAACAAAGUGAACUGAUCCCAAUAAGCUGCUUAGAAGUUUCUCGUGACGGACAACUCGCAGCCAGCGGCUGUGCUCGAGGAUUAGUACGGGUCUGGCAACUUUCCACUCAUCGUCUUCAGACCACGCUUAGCGGACAUAUGGGACACAUCACGUGCGUCACAUUCAGUCCCAAUAACCUCCUGGUGUUGAGUGGCUCUGAGGACAGAACAGUAGUUGUUUGGCAAUUAGCAGACAACUCUCCAUCUUUAACGUACAAGGGUCACCAAUCGGCCCUACAAAUAUUGUUGAUGAUGUCUGACGGUCGACGAGCGCUGUCAGGUGAUCGUGCACGACGCGUACAUGUAUGGCUUGUGGACUCCGGCAUCGUUCUGCAUUCCGUCACCUUCCCUUCGACCAGCAUUGACGUAACACUGAAUAUGAAGUUUGCAGUAUUAUCUGAUGGUGAAAAUUCGGUCCGUAUCUGGGCUUUGGCCGAAGGAGAUAGUGUGGAUGAGAAGCGUUCCGUCUCGCACGCAGAGCGAGUCACGUGCUUCGCUCUUACAGCCGACUCGAAACAUAUCGUAACUGGCUCCAUGGAUAUGUCACUUAAAGUUUGGCAACUCGAUGGUGGAAAAUUAUCACAGGUUCUCGUCGGUCACUCAGACAUUGUGACAUGUGUUGCCGUCUCAAUUACGAACAAAACUCAAGUCGUGUCUGGAUCCUGGGAUUACAAUCUGAUCGUCUGGGACAUUAAUACUGGAUCAGACGUCCACCUCCUCUCUGGUCACUUAGGGAAAGUGACGUGUGUCAAGGUGACCGGUGAUGGAACGAUUGCUGUUUCUGGCGCGGAAGACAAAACCCUUAUCAUUUGGGAGACAAAACGAGGUCUCGCCCUCACCUCGCUCGCUCUCCACGUCCCUCUUUUGGGUUUCCAGAUAACAAGUGAUUGUUCUCGUAUCGUCGUACACCUGUUGGACAGAGGUUGCUUGCCAAUCAUCUGCCUCCACAAUACGCCCGCUACAUACGUAAAAAUACCUACGUACGCCGCGCCCACCAAAGACGUUGAUGAACUGCGACCAUUAGCACCGAAACGUCCGAUGAGAAGAUUGCUCAAGAAGGAAGUAUCUUUAGACACAUACACUUGGCAGAAGAAAUACGGACACCUGACAUCGGCCGCCAUGAUGGCACAAGUGGACGAACGGUUGAAGAGACGAUUUUCUGUGUCAGCAUCUAUGGAAGAGAUCUCAAAAAUUCAAGAAGCGAAAAAUAAAGAUUUAGGUUCACAGGUGAGCCUGGGCCCUGAACAGGCAGCAAUUGCCCAAUCACAGCAUUUCGAUCAGCUCGAAGCGCUUUGGAAUAAAAUAUCCCCUCCAAGGCGACGGUCGAAUAAGUCAUUGUCAAAACAAAGUUCGCUGAUUGAAAGACUUGAUUCCUCUGACGAAGAUCACACUCCGGUUGAAGAACAAGAACAUAUGGUGGAGUAAUUUAGGCUUUAUCGAAUUAGCGUAAUUUGUCAUUAGUCUCAUUAGUUUUAUCUUAGAUUAACUUUUUAAUGAGCUGGUCUCAAUUUGUUUUGCUCUAUUUAAAUAUCUGUUACAAAUUUAAUAUUAUUAUUUAUGUAAUAUAUAUCGCAAAAUAUAAUUUUAACUAUUAUUAUUCGUUUGUUGAUUAUUUAACGUAUGCAACUAAAGUUUUAUAGAAGUUAGUUUUCUUGAAUCAAUAAGUUUACACUGAUCAUGCCUUGCGGGCAAAUUGGACGGCAGAGAUACAAUAUUAUCCUUAUUGUAUGAUUCAUUCGAUUAGUUGAUUUUGUCCUUGCAGUCUUAGAUAAAAACAAAUAAUAAUCUAAAUGAAAUUAAUAUAUUUAAUUUUCAAUGUCAAUGUUAAAUUCAUUAUCAACAUUAAAAGUGCGUAAAGAAGAGAGGAAUAUCUAGAAGCUUCUAUUUGACUAGAUAUUUUUUGUAAGUCAAGUUUUUCAAAUAUGAAGUUUACGCAAUUAAAAAAAUACGAAUUGCAAAGAAAAUACUUAAAUUAACUGACAUAAAAAAUCUUCGUGCACUUUCCAGUGAUAAUGUUAAUCUUAUUUAAAUAACUCGUCUUGACAAUUUUCGACAUGUCACUAUCUAACACACGUCUCUUAAUUAUUAAGACAGAGAUAGAACACUUAACAACUAUUAAUUUAUUAUAAUUAUUAAACUAGUAAUUAAUGUCUCUGUCUUUUUCUCAUUUAGUUUAAUUUGGUAGUAUAUAUAGCGUACAGUACAGUACAGUAUGUAUAGCGUACCUAAGUAACUCUAGACUUCCAGCCUCUAUGCAAUGUGAUCUUGUAGAUUAGCACUCUUGGACCAGUUUCUUUUAUUAAUUGAAGUUUUUAUUGUUAUUAUUUGUUUAAAAAAAAAAAAGUAUAUUCCUUUUUUAAUUCUUUGUAAUUCUUAAAUACCUUAAACUGGUCCUUAUUUCUAUUUAGAAUAAAGUACAUUUUAAUGCUACUAUUUUAACGUAGAAUUGAAUUAGAAUAAUAAUAAUAAUAAACACGUUUUUAAAAAUAUUAUAAUAGCACCAUUUUAUAUCUUCAUUUUAAAAAUUUCGCUUAAAUUAUAAUUGUUAAUAAAUUCAUUUUAAUUUUUUUUUUAGAAAUUCGUUUAAAUGAUUUUUUUAACAGAUUUCGAUUGCCUUCAUUAAUAUUUCAUCAAAAAGGUGGUUUCAUCAAAUGGUUUCGUUUUAUAAAAUUUAAUAAUUUUCAAAAGUUUAGUAGAAAUUACAUUAAAUUAAUAGUUUUUGAAUAUAAUAUAAGCUUAAAGAAUAGUCUCCCCGAUCGCUGUGCCCUCAGAACGAAUAGUGAUUUAUAAAUGUUAGGCAUGGUAACACUGACUUAAACAAAAAAGGGACUUUGAAAUUAAUAUUAAAAAUUUUACCAGUGUAAUGUGAGAACAUAAACAUUAGAACAGCUUAACAUAUUAAAUUAAAAUUGAUAUAUGUAUAAAUGCAUUGUCGCAUACCAUUUCUAAAUUACUCUCUGUUCUAAGGUUGUAUCGAACUAGUUUUCCAAACUGUGAUCCCUUAUAAAGACUUCUAUAUAUGUACAUUAAAGUUACCCCUACGAAUAACUUAGCGUAUGUUACAUUUUAAUCUAGUUAACACCUAGUCUGUAGACUUGCAUGUAGUACAACUUCAUUAAGCAAACUUAAAUCAUGUUAAAUAAAAUUGUAUCUUAUGUUUAUCAACUUAGUCGAUUUCUAUUGAAAUUUAUUUGAUGGCAUAUAUUCGUUUAUAACAAUAAUGUAAAUUCAAUUUUUCGAAUUUUAUCUUCUGUUCAGCGUGGUAAAAAAAAGUUGAAAUUUUUACUAAAUUCGUAGAAAUCGUUAUUAUUACUAAAUUAUUAGAUGUUAUACAGAUUAGGAAAUGCAAUAAUAUUUCAUAAGUAGAUGCACUUACUUGUAGUUGUUUAAGCUUUAUGACUAUUGAAGUUUCUUUGAAGUCCUACGACUGUCACAAAUUUCUUGAACUAUGCUUUAUCUAAACAUUUUAUUUGGUGUUUGCAUUAAGAGACAAUUUUCUAAACCUCACGUAUUUUUUAUAACAAUAUGCAUUAUUAAUUUUUUGAACAGCAACACUAUGUUAUUUGACAUUCGAAAUGAAAAAAAAUAAACAUUUUAUUAAUCUGUGGCGUUAAUGGUUAUGAUAAAUUGUCUCUUGCAUAAGGUCACGUUUAUACGUACGCAAUAAUGUAUGGUAAUUAUAGACACUGUCACCUUGUUAACUAUUUGUAUAGAGUUUUAUAUAUUCGUGGUUUCCUAUUCCUCACAGGAGUGAGUUUUAUUUUGGACCUGUCGUGAUGUUAUAUCUGAAAUAUAUUCUCUGUGUUUCUUACAAAGUGUUCAUUUUUUAUUUCAUACC